AUGUCGACCAUGAUCACGACAACGACCUGGGUGCCGCGCGGCUUUGCGGCACCCUUCCCCACCAAGCAGGCAUUCGACGAGGCCGAGUUUGAGCGCAUCGCAGAGCUCGCCAAGCUGCAGUUGGACGACGCCAACGAGGACUUGGAGGAGGCCCAAGAGGAGCAGGAGGGCGGCGCAAGGCUCGCAGCAGGAUCAGGAACAGGAAAUAGCACCGGCGCAGCCACAACCGAGGAGAGAGAGACAGCAGAUGACGUUGAUAUUGACGACGACGACCUGAAGGAGUACGACUUGGAGCACUACGACGAUGACGAUGAGGACCAACCCCAAGGUCAAAAGAUGGACAUGUUUGGAAACGUCAAGUCCCUCGCCUACUACGAAAACAACAAAGACGACCCGUACAUCACGAUACCCGAGGGGCAGGACGACGACGACGACGACGACCGCGAGGAGUUGCAGAUCCUCGCCACGGACAACCUUCUCUUGGCCGCCAAGGUCGAGGACGAGCUCGCGCAUCUCGAAGUAUAUGUCUACGAAGACGAGGCAGACAACAUGUAUGUCCACCACGACAUCAUGCUGCCCGCAAUUCCCCUCUGCGUCGAGUGGCUGGACAUUCCUGUUGCAAAGCCCACCGUUGCCCCCGAUUCCACGGCAAACUUCGUGGCGAUAGGCACUAUGGACCCUGAUAUUGAGAUCUGGGACCUCGACACGGUGGACUGCAUGUACCCCAAUGCCAUCCUCGGCCAAGGCGGAAACAACAAUGGAGAGAAGCCCAAAAAGAAGAAGAAGAAGUCCAAGAAGGCCAACGAUGAGUUCCACGUCGACGCCGUUCUAUCUCUGGCCGCCAACAGAAAACACAGGAACCUGCUUGCCUCAGCCUCGGCUGACAAGACGGUCAAGCUGUGGGAUCUGAACACGGCAAAGUGUGCCAAGUCAUACAGUUAUCACACCGACAAGGUCUGCUCGUUAGCAUGGCACUCGGUCGAGUCUACAGUCUUACUGAGUGGAAGUUACGACCGCACUGUCGUGGCAGCGGAUAUGCGCGCCCCUGAGGCCAAGAUGCCGAGGUGGGGAGUGGAGAGUGACGUCGAGAACGUGAGGUGGGAUCCUCAUGACCCCAACUUCUUCUACGUCUCGACCGAGAACGGUAUCAUCCACUAUCAUGAUAUCCGCAACGUUCCCUCAAAUCCCGCGGCGAGCAAGCCAUUAUGGACCCUGCAAGCCCACGACGAGUCCCUUUCAUCCUUCGAUGUCAACAGCCACAUCCCAGGAUACAUGGUCACGGGAUCAACAGACAAGACAGUCAAGCUCUGGAAUAUCCAGUCCACUGGACCUGCUGUUGUUGUCACACGCAACCUUGAUGUUGGCAAAGUAUUUUCCACAACAUUCGCACCCGAUGCCGAGGUGGCUUUCCGUCUUGCAGUAGCCGGAAGCAAAGGCACUAUGCAUGUCUGGGAUACUAGCACCAAUGCUGCCGUGCGCCAAGCCUUUGCCCACAAGAUCUCUGGAGACAUGAACGGUGCCGUAGAGGAUAGGUUAGUGGGCGUCGCAGACGAUGAUACCGACUCGGAUUCUGAUGAGGGCGAGGAUGAUGAGAACAAUAGCGACGGAGAUUCCAUGGAUGAAGACUAG